AUGGUUGGGACGUUGCUGCAAUACUCUCGCUACAGGAUAAGAAGAGAUAUCCGUAUCGACCGAAGUUACCUUCUGGCCAGUGCUUUCCGUUCUUGCAACUGCCAUUCGAAAUCAGGAACAUGGUAUACAAGGAACUACUUGUUGUUGGAAAAGUCUUUCAAUGCCCCAAGCCAGAGGACGAUACGGACAAAUACAAUCAUCCGGAGGUUCAACUCUUUGGCGUCAGCAGACAAUUCCUCCAGGAGAGCGCCCCGGUCUUCUUCUCUAAAAACCAAUUCGUCUGCUCUUAUGGAACCUACAAGUUGUGGUCGAAUUCCUGGCCUAAAAGAUGAGCCGGAAGAAUUUCCCAUAUCGGCCAUGGCACUCAAACACGUGAGGAGCCUGAGCAUCUCGUAUGACAGCAGAGAGGUAGAGCUUGAUCCUGGCUUCAUCAGGGCAUGUGUUGCUCGCGAAACCAAGCUCAAUCCGAGCUUUGGUCGGCUCAGUCACGCGCGGCAGUGGGUACUGCACAAUGAGAAAUUCGAAGAUGAUCUGAACGACAUGUGGCAAGAGCGUGGUCGUAUUCUGAAUUAUCUACAGCUUGAUCGGUUGGAGGUGUCUAUGAAAAACUGCUACUGUGCUCUGUGUUUUCAGAGGCAGACUCACGUAGCCAUCAUGGAAUUGUUCGGAAGUGUAUGCGGGAGCCCGCCCAAAACAAUCAUCAUCAGUGGGCUUGAGGAUGCUACGGAAUUGAAGAGGCUGAAAGAGCUCACGGACAUCUUUGGAGCAGCAGAACCUCGCCUGCAUUUUGAGUUCGCUGAUGUUUGGGACGAGUCCUUUUCGAAUCGCGCGGCGGAGGAUGAUCCUAGCCAGCAAGAAACGGCCUACAAUGAUCACGACCCACAAACUUUCGUUAACCAGAUCAGAGCAGAGGAUAUCUCUCGCCAGGAAGAUGAGGAAGGGCUCAAUCAUAUUGCUGCGAUUGACAACUGGGACGAGAUUGAUUCGUUCAUAUUGAGAAGUAGAGGUGCGGUAGGCACUGUCAGUCGUCCUAUAGUGCUUGACUAG